AUGGAAUUCAAUCAUGCCCUGGACAAGAACAUUGGACGAACCGGUUUCCUAGCUCACCAUCACCUGGUUCGCUACUUCUUGAAGACUAUCGAGCUGAAGGAGUUAAAACAGGAGGUGGAAAAAGGAGCACAGUACAUCGCUCAAUCCCCGCAAACUGCAAAGCUUCCUUCCUUUUGGCAAGCAAUGAGGGACUGUGAAGGCUUGGACACCAAAUACCAGACUGAUCGUGCUAGAAAAUUCCUUAAGCUGUAUGAGGUAUCGCUUCACAAGCACAACCAACACUUUUGCAACGAACUCUUGUUUCUUGGAUGCUUUGGUGAAAAACCAACAGCAACUAUUGUUGCAAAAUAUCUGAUGCUAGUGUGCGAUGAAGAUGAUCUUAGUGCUCAAGAUUUAGUGGAAGGCCAACAGGCUAAGUUGUUUAUGUCUUCUAUACACAAUAAUAAAACAAUUGAUCUUGAGGCGUUUGCAAGGUUCUUGAUCGAAUGUGGAAAAUCGGAUUGUCUUGAUACAAUGCACUUUGAACGCCUUUAUGAUAUCCUAUGUAAGAUAUCAAACGGCGCAGAUUUUUGGAACCCAACGACUGAGCAGGGCUGGCAUGAUCUGAUUUUUUAUAUGAACUUCUAUGCUCCGCUUCCUUCGACAAUGGAAGAGAUCGAACGGAGCGUGAAAACGGCAAGGUUGUGCAAGAGAACCGGCAAGAACGAACAAAAUGUGAGCUCGUAUGGUAUUGCUCGAGCUCCGCUUCUCACCAAGUGUGAUGAACCUAAUCUACUACUAAGUUCAUACGGGGAAGCGAUGAGAGAACAGAGAGCGUCCGAAGCAUCUGCUGCAUCUGCUGAGGGGAAAGAGUCCAGAUAUAGUGGAGAGUACAAAGAGGAUCUGAGCCGUGGUCCUGCAAGACUGGAAAAUGUAUUGAAACACAGCCUCAAUAUUUACAAUUACGUGGAGGAACAGAAAAAACAAGACAAGGAAGGAUAUGAACACAAACUUGAUAUCACACUGGCAAAUCUUGGCGAUAAGAGUGCGAAAGAAAGUGCAAGACGACAACGCGACUAUGCUGCAAACGUGGAGAAACAACAUGGAAAGAGUCUCAGUGGAUCGGCGCGACAGAGGCAGCAAGGCGUAGACACAACUCCAUACAUGGCCGGCAGAGUCGUCUUCGCAAAGUGUCUGAAAGCAAAAAAUAUGAACGCAAUGGUAGUUGAGGCGGUCGCUCGAGAACUUCUCGAUGAAAGCGACAAGGCCGCAUACAAUGAAGGCAAACCUGUGUCUAUCACCUACACCAGUAUUAGGGCUCUGAUUGCGAAUGACGUUGUCAGAAGAUGGAAGGAGGAGCACAAGGACAAACCACUUAGUGAAGAAGACGAAAAAGAGCUUCGAAAAACAUUUCAGCCAAUAUCUGACGCAGAAUUUGUUCAGAAGGACUAG